GGGCAGUCCGACAUUGUCAACGGACCGGAGGCUUUUUAUGAUCGUCCCCACACAUCAUCGUGUUUUUAGAUCUGUCAACGUUUGAUUCCCAAGGAGUAGUGGAUACCAAAGACAUAGCCAUAUUGACACAAGGAGUAGUGGAUACCAAAGACAUAGCCAUAGUAACACAAGGAGUAGUCGAUACCAAAGACAUAGCCAUAGUGACACAUCAUAUUUAAAUACUUUGAAAAUUCUGCCAUUGGGAUAUGUUGCUUCAGAUCUUCAAAGGAUACUUUUGAUUUUAAAUGUGACAGAUAUCCAGAAAAAUUUUGGGACAUAUCUAACAGUUUGCGUAUGUCAAAACCUUGACAAAAUAUUUUUUUUCACAACAGUUAAGGGUCGUACGUUACAUGGUUAUAUUGUGAGGAAUUUUUUUUAUUAUUUUUUUUUUAUUAUUUUUUUUUAUUUCGCAAGUCUGAAGUGCUGGUCCAGCGCGAUCUGAAGAGUGGCUCGAGAUAACUAGGACCUGCCGAUCGCGAUAGAUCUGAAGAUUCCAUCAAAAUAAUAUAUGUAGUGCAGACAGCUCGACAGUAAUUUGGAAUCUCAGCAUCACGCAUAUAUAUUUAAAUACAUAUCGCAGAAAAGAUACCCGGAAGUGUCGUAGCAGAUGGCGAAUAUAAACCACCAAGACACGGAUGUCGUCAUUGUAAAGACGGAGAGGGUAAGAUACUCCAUCUAAUCAGUUAACUCACUACAAGUGACGCAAGAAACGGACGGAGGGGAUGAUCAGGCCCCAUUGGUACUUUCAGGGGGUGAUCAGGCCCCAUUGGCACUUUCAGGGGGUGAUCAGGCCCCAUUGGCACUUUCAGGGGGUGAUCAGGCCCCAUUGGCACUUUCAGGGGGUGAUCAGGCCCCAUUGGCACUUUCUUCUUUAUACGGAAGGGUGGCAUUGUCUGCCAACUGCAGACUUUGUUGUUGUUGUUUUUUCUUCUUUUUGCUUGUUGUUUUUUUUUUGUUGUUUUUUGGUUGUUGUUAUUUUAUUCUUUUAUUUUGGUCUUUGGAACAGGUGAGUCUAAAUUCUUUGCCCACCCCACGAUUAAGCCCUAGCUAAGCAACUGCUUAAUAUAUUUUGAAAUGUUCCAGCAUUUAUAUUUGUAGCAAGUUCCUUUUAUCGAUACCUUUUCGCUACCACCCGAAAUGGUAAAUAAUUGUCAAAUACCUUACAGGUUUAAAAUUGUAGGUUUUUUGUUAUAUAUUUAGAUUCUUUCAAUCUAACAAAUUUCAAAUGAUAUCCCUAUCUGUAGGUGCUUCUUAAAUACUGUAGAGCAGGCCUGCACAACUCAAAACGGAAAGUGGGCCGCAAUACUUUAGGAAAAACUUGUGCGGGCCAAAAAGAAAGUAAGACUGGACUUGUGUGGGCCGAAAGAAAAUAGGUCAGGGGGGAGAGCUAUUAAGAACAUAAUAAGAAUAAAGAAUAUUUCGUUACUUCGCGGGCCACAAAGUUGGUCAUGGCGGGCCGCAUGUGGUCCGCGGACCGUAUGUUGUGCAGGCCUGCUGUAGAGCAUAAUUCCUAUCCCCGUCAUGUCAGGCGACUGAAGCUAAAGCUAGGACAGUGUCAUGUCAGUCGACUGACGCUAAAGAUAGUACAGUGUCAUGUCAUUCGACUGAAGCUAAAGCUAGUGCAGUGUCAUGUCAGUCGACUGAGGCUUAAGCUAGAACAGUGUCAUUUCAGUCGAAUGAAGUUACAGUUAGUACCGUGUCAUGUGAGCAGAUAGUGCCAAAACUUGAAGUUGUCGAUGGCAAUCUUAAAGUUCCUCAGUACAGUGACAAUUACUUAGCUGUAGGAUUCGCUUGCCUUUUACAGCUCUGUGUGUUAUCUACGGAGAAGAGCUCGCCAAAUUGUCAUGGUAACAGCUAAACUGGAGCGACGUGUUACAAAUUUAAUAUCUCGAUAUAGAGCUAAAUGAUGUUGCGUACUUCGAGAGAUUACAGGAAUGUGGCGUACUUCGAGAUAGCACAGGAAUGUGGCGUAUUCGAGAGAACACAGGAAUGUGGCAUACUUCGAGAGGGCACAGGAAUGUGGCGUAUUUGACAGAGCACAUGAAUGUGGCGUACUUCUAGAGAGCAAAAGAAUGCGGUGUACUUCGAGAUAGCACAAGAAUGUGGCGUACUUCUAGAGAACACAAGAAUGUGGCGUACUUCUAGAAAGCACAGGAAUGUGGCGUACUUCUAGAGAGCACAGGAAUGUGGGGUACUUCUAGAGAGCACAAGAAUGGGGCAUACUUCUAGAGAGCACAAGAAUGUGGCGUACUUCAAGAAAGCAGAGGAACGUGGCAUAUUUCGAGAAAGCACAGGAAUGUGGCGUACUUCAAGAAAGCACAGUAAUAUGGGGUACUUAUAGAGAGCACAGGAAUGUGGCGUACUUCUAAAGAGCACAGGAAUGUGGCGCACUUCGAGAAGGCACAGGAAUGUUGCAUACUUCGAGAGAGCGAAAAUCUCGAAUUAAAAAACAAAUCGCUUUAUUGGAGAAAAAAAUUCAGGAUAAUUGCCAGAGUUCAAGAAGCAAGUUAUCCUGUUGUAGAGAUCGUUGACAAGAAAAGGAAAUCGCAAAACCACACCGAUACUAUAAUCUUCCCGGCUUGCCGUGAAAGUGUGAGAAUUAUGUUUGGCGAGAGUGCUGUAUCUGACAUCAAUAAGAUUCCAUUGUCAGAAAAUUCGAUAAUCAGACGUAUUUAUUUCAGACAUAUCCAGCGACACUGAGAGUCACGUUUUGGAUAAAGGUACGUGAAUUUUUUUACACUGCAAGUGGAGGAAAUGUUCGAUGUCAACAGUAAAUCACAGCUUGUGGGGGUUUUUACGCUUUAUUGACAUUGGAGAAAUAGUGUUCACGAUGUUAUUUUUUCAUUAAGGAGUUAUCAGAAACACCAAAAUCAUAUUCGAAGUUGUUAAUUCAUAUUUGCAAUCAUGUGACUUGAACUAGAGAAAUUGCGUUGGCUUUUGAACGGAUAGCGCACAUGCCAUGACGGGACAUAUCAAACGUUUUGUCUCGCUGGGGCGACAGAUGAAUCGAGAUAUCAUGUUCAUGAACUGCUUCAUCCACAGAGAAGCUCUAGUUGCUAUUACAGUUGGAGACGAGUUAACAGCUGUACUGGACAUGGUGGGGGUAAAAUCGUUAAUUGUAUGAAGAUGAGAGCUCUUAAAUAUCGCCAGGUCCAGCUCUGUGAAAGCGUGGAAGCGGACCGCGUCGCACUCAUCCAACACAAGGAUGCUCUAUUGCUGAAGUGGACCAUGUCCCACACAUCUAACACACUGACGUACAGUUCCUGAAGUGGACCAUGUCCCACUCAUCUAACACACUGACGUACGGUUGCUGAAGUGGACCAUGUCCCACUCAUCUAACACACUGACGUACGGUUGCUGAAGUGGACCACGUCCCACUCAUCUAACACACUGACGCACGGUUGCUGAAGUGGACCGCGUCCCACUCAUCUAAUACACUGACGUACGGUUGCUGAAGUGGACCACGUCCCACUCAUCUAACACACUGACGUACGGUUGCUGAAGUGGACCACGUCACACUCAUCUAACACACUGACGUACGGUUGCUGAAGUGGACCAUGUCCCACUCAUCUAACACACUGACGUACGGUUGCUGAAGUGGAACAUGUCCCACUCAUCUAACACACUGACGUACGGUUGCUGAAGUGGACCAUGUCCCACUCAUCUAACACACUGACGUACGGUUUCUGAAGUGGACCAUGUCCCACUCAUCUAACACACUGACGUACGGUUGCUGAAGUAGACCACGUCACAUUCAUCCAACACAAGGAUGUGCGAUUGCUGAGAGAGGCGAUGCUGCUUUGCAGCUCUGUGAGAAAUUGUAGGAUUUUGAAGAAGUACUGAGCAGUUGAUGUUCGAAAUUAGCUGAUCGACGAGCCGACGUAUUUCAUGAGCUGGACAUUCCUUUUGAAUAGUGGAAUGCAAGGAAGUACCUGACAGAAUAAACGCAUUUCAACUUCUUACAUGGGCGAGUUUGGAUUUUCUGCUAUGACCAACAUCAACCAUAAGAAACAAAGACUUAUUUCGUCUGUAGAAGAUAAACAUCGGGUGUUUUUUAACUAUUAUUUGGCAAGAAUUCAACUGCUUUUGUGGCAAUCACAAAGCACAAGUUUCCCUCUGAAAUGUUUGCUGCUGCAAACUGAUACUAUUGGGGCAACAAUGGAGGAACUUAGCAACCAGUAACAUCGGCUGUUCUGGCCACACGAGUUGUUUUCUUUUAUUUGGUGGCUACAAUUACAAUGUUACACACAUACACCUGUAGCAGUCGGUGGGUGUCUUCUCGUGCAUAUCCCAUUAUAGAAAAAUGAUGUAGCUAUUUAUUUGGAAUAGAACAAACCCUUGUGUCACUCCAUGGAGUGCCAUAGGGAAUAGAACAAACCCUUGUGUCACUCCAUGGUGUGCCAUAGGGAAUAGAACAAACCCUUGUGUCACUCCAUGGAGUGCCAUAGGGAUUAGAACAAACCCUUGUGUCACUGCAUAAGACGAUAUAUGGAAUAGAACAAACCUUGUGUCACUCUAUGGAGUGCCAUACCGAAUAGAACAAACCUUUGUGUCACUGCAUGGGGAUCCGCUGUCGAGGUAAAUGCCCAAAAGUUUACCAUUCCAAUCAAAUGUUUGAUAAACACUGGUUUAAACCUGUAUAUCAAUCAACAUGUAACAUCCAAAUAUUUUUUUAUUUAAUACAGCAUUCAAAUUCAACAUAAUACACCACCCGUAAAAAUUAAGGAACUUUCAGUUUAACCUGAUAGUCAAUAUUGAUGUUCCUUUAGUUAACCUAGCCAUCAAUAUUGAUGUUUCUUCAGUUUAACAUAACAGCCGUUCAUAUUCAGGACCGGCAUGGGGAUGGCCCCGUUGACGACAGUUCACCCCACCUAGAGCACGCCGAUGAUGAAGAAGAUGAUGAAGAUGUGGAUUUGUCCUGUGGCAUCUGGAAGCUAAGGACCCAAUAUCUGGGCACGUGCUUCUCCAACCUGUACAUGUUUUCUGUCUUCACCGGGCUGUCCAGCAUGUUCUCGUUCAUGGCGAGUCGGAUAGUGUCGGUACAGGUGAGACAAAUUGUUGGGAACAAUCACACCUGUCAAUCAUGUCCUGUUGUUGUUUUUUUAAUCUCGGAAGAAAUUUAAAAAAAAAAGAAACGAAGCAAUCCAUUUUUUUUUUAAAGACAAUCAUUUUCAUCUAGUAAGUUUUUUACAAUUGUAGAAUAUUUUAAGUGCACAGCAAUGCUAAAAUGCGUUAAGAUUCCGUACGACAGACAGACAAUCAGACAGUCGUGGUUAGUGGCCAGGAAACAACUCUAUUUUCACUUUUCUUUUUUUUUUUUUAUAUUCUUUAAACACAAUGAUGUUGGGAACCUAGACACUUUUGUUGUCCAUCCGUUCUUACUUAUUGACCUGCUAGAUAAUCUUGCACUUGUAUUCCACCAAACAUCAUUACAAUCACCAGCCAGCCAUUAUGUUGUAACUAUGGUGGUACCUUCAUGAAGUAGCAAACACGUGAGCGGAAAGUCGGUGGUGCGCGCGUGUUCUCUUCACAUGUGUUUGCAAAUAUCCGUAGACUUUAUUUUUUUUUUUUAAUAAAAAUGAAGAUUUUAAGAGGAGGAAUGAUCUCAUUUGAUUGUAUUUGUAUUUCAUGUGCACUGUGUAUUUAUUCCAGCUCGAAUCUCUAGAGAAACAAUUUAAAAUCGACAACGCCAAAGCUGGACUCUUCGAGACGACUGGUAAAAUUGGGCUUCUGUCCACCAUCCUGUUCGCUGGUCAUUUCACGCGGGUAAGUUAUGAAAAAUGUUUUUAAUGAACUACUUUUGCUCAGUACGAACAUGCUAAAUAUGUUCAUGAGAGACUUUAACAUGAACGUCAAUAAGACAGCGAUGACUUGAACAAUAUUUUGAUGAUAUACUUUUAUACUAAUGUCAUUAAGACAGCGAUGACAGUAACAAUAUUUUGAUGAGAGACUUCUAAACUAAUGUCAUUACCACAGGGAUGGCACGACCAAUAUUCCACAAACUACCUUAGUUGACUAUACCAUUACAUGCAUCUCAUACAACGUGUGAAACGCUCUUUGUUCACAGAAGGUCAACAUUCCUGUCAUCAUAGGGAUAGCUGGCAUGGUCCAGGGAGCGCUACUGAUGGCACCGGCUUUUCUACAAUUCGCCCACCCUUACACGCUACCUGUGUUGUAAGUUACUCAAAAAGCUGCUCAGGGUCUCUUCCUUUGACUAGUAGCUCCUCGUCCUAGGUGACAUACGAACGAAACCGUACGCCCAAGUCUAGUUUUGUUGUAUGCGCAAUUCUAUUUGUGUUUUAUGCGCAAUUCUAGUUUUGUUGUACGCGCAAUUCUAGUUUUGUUGUACGCGUAAUUCUAGUUUUGUUGUACGCGCAAUUCUAGUUUUGUUGUACGCGCAAUUCUAUUUGUGUUUUAUGCGCAAUUCUAUAUUUGUUGUACGCGCAAUUCUAUUUGUGUUUUAUGCGCAAUUCUAGUUUUGUUGUACGCGCAAUUCUAGUUUUGCUUUACGCGCAAUUCUAGUUUUGUUGUACGCGCAAUUCUAGUUUUGUUGUACGCGCUAUUCCAGUUUUGUUGUAUGCGCAACGUUAGUUGUGUUGUACGCCCAAUUCUAGUUUUCUUGUAUGCCCAAUUCUAGUUUUGUUGUAUUCCAAAUUCUAGUUAUGUCUAUGUUACAUGGCAUCACUUCACACCAGUAGUUAGACUUUCGCACUUUGUAGAAACAACAUCCCAUAAGUUACCAGGUCAAAACUAUUAUCGUUAUAAUACAAUUUACAAAGAUUAUUGCAAUCAAUUUAUUGAUCACUACAAAGAACUUUACGAACAAUUUAUUGAUCACUACAAAGGCCAUUACAGGUGUCAAGGCUACGAGAACCACUGUUGCUAGCAUAAAAGGCUUUUUGGUCGUUGAGUUGUGUCAUGCGUUGUAUUAUUGUGGCUUAGGUGGUCAUUCGAUGACAGAACAAGCAUACCAAACAAGUGUGUGCAUAACUGUGUUAAUAUAAGGCGUGAGAUAGAGAGAGUUUUCGACAGUUGAUUACGAAGACAGUCAUGAGACGUCAGUGUGCGAUUGCUCAGAUGUGUUUGGAGUAGGCUGUGUUGGUUGGGAGGAUUUACAAUCAGGUGAAGAUGUGUGACAGAUGCAUGGCAUAAAGAUGAAGCAUACUAUUUCGAGAAGUGUUGGUGCGCUAGUAUUCGUUGUGCCCCGGUUCUUAGUGCAUAGGGGGACAGUGGUGCAGUGUUGGUGCACAGGGUGACAUUCUUACAGUGUUGGUGUAUAGGGUUACAAUGCUACAGUGUUGGUGUAUAGGGUUACAGUGCUACAGUGUUGGUGUAUAGGGUUACAGUGUUACAGUGUUGGUGUAUAGGGUUACAGUGCUACAGUGUUGGUGUAUAGGGUUACAGUGCUACAGUGUUAGUGCACAGUGUGACAGUAUUACAGAGUACCCUAGACAACGUUGCCAGAAAUACUCAAAAGAUUCUUGACUAGAGGAAACAGAAUAAUUUGACAACAAAGCAAUUUAUUGAUCCCGACAAAGAUCAUUAGAAGCAAUUCAUUGAUUACCAAUUAGAUCAUUAAAAGCAAUUACUUGAUCACUACAAAGAUCAUUACGAGCGAUUCACUGAUCACUACAGAGAUCCUUACAUGCAACUGAUAUAGUAUUUCAAAAAUAUUAUGAAAUAUAUCAACUUUUUCAUGUAACCAAAGCAUAAAUCCAAAUGAAGCCCAAAAUAUUAUCACACCAGAUUAUUCACAACUCCAAUGAACAGUAAAUGUAACCAUGGGCGCCCGCAGAAAACCUUUUUUUUUCGGGGGGGGGGGGGGGGCAAACAAACAAUUAAACUUUCCANUAGUAAUUUAUAAAGUUUAAGUAUUGUUGACAGGGGUGGUGGGAUUUUAGUAAUGUUUUAAUAUAGUUUUAAUAUACUGUAGCGUAUUUGUAUGGUGAACGAACGGACAAGACAUCAGCUUAGUUACUUUCUCUUUAUUUUCUCUUUACUUUAAUGAAUUUUUUGUCUAUUUUCGUCUUAAAAAAAUGUAUCCAAUCAAUCCAGGGGGGGGGGCAAGUGCCCCCCUUGCCCCUACCUGCGGGCGCCCAUGAAUGUAAUCAACUGAUAUAUGCAACAUGUAGCCAAAAAACAGUAUAAAAAGUUGUCUUCUCAAUGUGUACAUUUCAAAGCGGUGAAUUCCACACCUGUUCUCGCUCCCUAGUAUUAAUACGGGAUAGUAAUUGCGAAGAUAUCUAUUACGUCGCGUUCCAAUAUUGCAUUUUGACUUAAUGGUAACUGUGUUUGCCAUGUUUCAAGAUCAGAUAAAUGUCCCAGGAUGUUGAGACUUUUCAAGAUCAAAUAAAUGUCCCAGGAUGUUGAGACCUUUUUUCAAGAUCAGAUAAAUGUCCCAGGAUGGUGAGACCUAUUCAGCAUUAGAUAAUGUCCCAGGAUGGUGAGACCUAUUCAGCAUUAGAUAAUGUCCCAGGAUGUUGAGACCUAUUCAAGAUUAGAUAAUGUCCCAGGAUAUUGAGACCUUUUCAAGAUCAGAUAAAUGUACCAGGAUGUUGAGACCUAUUCAGCAUCAGAUAAUGUCCCAGGAUGUUGAGACCUAUUCAAGAUCAGAUUAUGUCCCAGGAUGUUGAGACCUAUUCAAGAUCAGAUUAUGUCGCAGGAUGCUGAGACCUAUUCAAGAUCAGAUUAUGUCCCAGGGGUUGAUGCGUAUUUUUCAGUUUAUAGUCCCAUUGAUAACACAGAAUAUAUAUAAUCAAAUAGACAACUUUUAAUGUAACCUUUGUUACUUUGUUAUCAGGCGAGUUUUUUUUUUUUACUCAUUGCUUUUUAACGAAGGGAAAAUAGCUAUUAAACUAUACACAUCAAAACACCAAACAACCCACACCAUAUUGAUUAAGGAGCUCUGUUAAGGUGCUAAUCCAUAAGUUAUCCAACUAAUCCAGUCUUGUUUCCGUUCAGGACCACCCAUGACAACACCACCAACAGAACUUCGGUUGGCGAGAGCGCCAAAUACAUGUGUGGCUGGCACAACGCCCCCGAUGACAAAAACGGCACCAGCCCCGCCCUGCCCCUGGUCAACGCGACUGAAGAGGUACACACGUCAGAUUAGUCCAUUUGUCACCCUGGUUAUACAUGUCAGACAGGUGCACAUGUCAGACUGGUAGAUAUUAACACACUUGUCCGAUAAGUAUACACUUGUCCAUCUUGUAAACAUGUCAGCCUAGUAAACACUGCAGUUUAGCGCACUCUGACCAUCCGAUAUGACAGAUAGAUUUAAUCUAGGACGACAUGAGGGAAAUCUCCAAAACAUCCUAUGGGAACGCUUGAAACAUAUAGGAAGACAACACAAUCAAAGCGUUAUCUAAAAGCCUCCUUUAGCGAACAGAACAAAACCAAACACGUAGCUUAACGGAAUUGCGCGUCAAAAUACAAAUGAGGUCAACAAAAUCGAACUAAAAAUAACGAAAAGAGAGAAUAAGGACGAAAGUUCAUGUUUUUGAUAUUUUUGUUUAAUUAUUAUUUUUUAAUUUUAUGACAGUUUUUAAAUUGGGCACAUUGUAAUCAUGCAAUUGGAAGUGCCCCUUUUUCCAGCACCGAGACCCAUGUUUUGAGACCCCACGGCUAAAGGUUCCCAUCCAAUAAUCCCACAGAUCAGCCAAGUUGCUUUCAUUGUCGUCCUGGUGGCUCAAACCAUGAAGGGGGUCACCGAGUCCUUCCACACCCACUUCCUGCCCACGGUUUACGUGGACGACAAUAUGUUGGACAAGUCAAAGAUGUCGCUGUAUUUAGGUCAGUGGACAUAUGUAUGCGUCAUGAAGACCAAGGCCAUACGGUCGUUCGUCCUUCGUGGCUCCACCUUCUUUCGCUCUCCCUCUCCCACUAUCAUCUUCCCUCUUCCUCUCUAGCACUCUGUCUCGCCUUAUUUAUAUCUAUUUAUACCCUCUUUUUCCCUCUCCGUCUUUUUCCCUCUCCCUCUUUUUCUCCCUCUCUCUUUCUCUCUCUCUCUCUCUCUCUCUCACUCACGCACACUCUCUCACACUUGUAUCUAUUUGAUUCUCUAUUCUCUUACUCUAUCCACGAUGAUAUAAAAUUGAUUACUUAAAAUAUCAUCAGACGUUGGAGUUCAUUUGUACAGAAAUAGAUCUUUCUUACGUCACAGCUGUUCAUUACCCCAUAGAUUUGACUAUUUCACAGGUAUUCGAUACUUCAUAAAUGGAUUUUCUGGGCCCAUCGGGACGGAGAUCAAUGGAAUACUGACUGAAGUACCGAUAGAUUUGAAAGGUGAGGGUAAUAGUGCUAGUAACGUCCAGAAACACUCUGACAUUUGAUGCAUAAGCUGAUAUUCUGCACAUGACACUUGGGACGCGACUCCCAUGGCGUUUAGCUGUGACAUUAAUGAUAUGGAACCAGGGCCGUGCUAAGGUGGGGGCGAAGAAGGCAACCUCCUCUGCGUGCCAUCUUCAAAGGGGGCUCCAAAAUCGUCAUUUUUAAUUCAAAUUAUGUGCAUGUCCUUUUCGGGAGAUAAGUGUGCCUAAGUUUAGGCUUUUGCCCCCCCUCCCCCCUCCUGGGGGGUAUUUUUUGGGUUGCCCCGGCCCUGCAUGUACUGCAGCAACGUGUAAGUAUAAAUGGCAUUCAUUUUCUGCAUAUGCACACGUGAUGUUUAUGACAUGUGACAAACUACGUGGUUUAUUUCCAACAAAUGUCACGCAGGUUAACAUGUUUAUCAGAACAGCCUUAAAAUUAAAGCAAUAUGCUAGCCGCCUUGUCAAAACGAAUUAGACACUUAAAAAUUUUCCAUAUUGACUUUCAUGUCGUGAUGUGUUUUUACCCCCAGCUACGGAGAUGGACCCCAAGGAUGGACGGUUCGUGGCCGCCUGGUGGCUGGCAUUCCUUGUCUUUGGGGCGGGGCUUGUCGCGACAUCAUUCCCACUGAUUCUCUUCCCGAGGACACUGGUCACCAAGAAACAGAGGGAGGCUGCCCUAAAGCUGGCCGCUGUGACGUACGCUGGGGGUCAAGUGGAAGAUGCCGUUAAAGGAGUCAACAGCUCGGAGAAUGUGUAAUUCUAAAUAUAUGGGGAAAAAAUUUUUUAAAGUAUACGACUGAGAGAGUUUUCUUAUACGAGUGUUUGGUUUAGGAUGUUGAUGGUACUGGCAUUGCGCAGAUCUUGACCUUCCUUAAUCAAUAAGUCACGUGAUCUUUUUAUUUAUUAUUUUAGUGGAUCGAUCAAUGCAGACAAGAAGGCGUCACAGGUGCCGAUCAUCACGGUAAGCGAAGAUGGCGACACAGCCCACAGCCUCGCAGUAUCCGGUGCUGUGGAGAACUUGAAGUCCCAUGACUUGAAAUCGGAGCGGAAAGGAAGCAGUGUUUCAGUGAGCUCACACUUGGGCCGGAAGUACGUCACUUGUGUGGAAAGUAUGGGCGGUUGCAUGGAAGGGCUGAAGUGCAGGGUGUCAUUCAGUAAUUAUCUUGAGCCCUGUCAAAGGAAAUUUAUGUUAUACAGAUUUGUUUAGGGUUGUUUGAUGUGAUAUGAUAUUGAGUUUGUUUAUGUCCGGCAACUUUCGUGGACAGGUCGAAAAUGUUUAUUGUUCCAAACAUCGUUAUGAACAGGCGAGCGAUAGUGGACCUACGUUAUGAGUAGGCCAUUAAUAGAGGACCUCAGUUAUGAGUAGGCCAUUGAUAGAGGACCUCCGUUAUGAGUAGGCCAAGCAUAGAGGACCUCCGUUAUGAGUAGGUUCUGGCAACGUGCGGCGGCUGAUGCAGCAUUCCUUGAAAGUUGUCACUCUAUUGAUUUUUGCUGUACGCAGGUUAAGUUUAUUUCCCCCACUGGAGGGACCAACGGAAAGAAAGGUCAGUCUGACUGGCGAUUUAGUUUUCGACCAACCUAAAGUAAAAAGAAAAGAUGAUGAUGGCAAUGAAGAAAAGGACAUUUCAGUGAUGGAUCUCAUUAGAGGUAUUUGCAAAGUUUUGACACAUCUCGCCUAUUCCUCUACAAAUUGUCUCUGUAGCUCCAUUGUCCCUCGCAUAUUGCCAUUCAAAAUCACAUUUGUAGAUAUAUAUUUCAUAUCUAAAUCCUGUAUACUUUUACAGGUAGCAUUUCCCAUAUUCCUAUACAUCGAUUCCAAUAUUAACCUGCAAUUUGCCCCUCUCGAUCCUAUACUCCCCGCAGAUAGCUCAUCUCCGAAUCUAAUCAGAAAAUGCCCCAUCAGUUUUCUCAUGAAGGGUCCCAGCUACUAAAAUCUUCAUAUCAUGUCACUUAAUGUCUGUGUCUCUUCCGUCCAUCCAGACCUGCCCAAGUCUAUGCUACGUCUACUGAAGAAUCCCCUGUUCGUCCUGGGCAUCAUAGACAUCAGUGCCGUCUCGGUGCCCCUUUCUGGAUUGUUCAUGUUUCGCAAUGUUUACAUGACCAUGGAGUACAACGUCCCCAUGUCUGAGGUGGCGCUGGCUUCCAGUAAGUGCUUUGGUUGGGUUUUUUUUUUAUUUAACUUAAGCAUAGGGUUAACCCAGUGACAUUACGAAGGACUCACCGGCAAGGGGUGAGGGGUGGACUUUACAACGUCCACAGAUUUUUGAAGGAUCAUCCGAUAAGCAUUUAAUAAGGACAGAAACGUAGAUUCGUCGUUUCAGUACAGAAUUAUCUAUGUGGGGUAUUUUCCAUGUGGAGAAUUUUCCAUGCUGGGUAUUUUCCAUGUCGGGUAUUUUUCAUCUGGGGUAUUUUUCAUGCUGGGUAUUUUCCAUGUGGGGUAUUUUCCAUGUGGGGUAUUUUCCAUGUGGGGUACUUUACAAGAGAGGGAAUUUUCUGCGUGAGGAAUAUUCCGAGGUUGGUGUCUUCUGUUUGCGCGAUACUGGUUUGGGGAAUGUUCGUGUGUGGAAUUUGGGUGUGUGGAAUUAGCUUGUAGAGAAUAAUCCUUUCACCGUUCCCCGUAUGUAUAUGUACAGUUAUGUAUCAUGAUUGAACAUGCUUUCAUAUUUUUAUAAAUUUAUCCCAUUUGUAUGAAAUUUUAUAUUUAAAUUAUCUUCGUAUAUUUUGUAGUACUGCUCAUCUUCGUUUAUUUUGUAGUACUGCUCAUCUUCGUUUAUUUUGUAGUACUGCUCAUCUUCGUUUAUUUUGUAGUACUGCGCAUCUUCGUUUAUUUUUUAGUACUGCUCAUCUUCGUUUAUUUUGUAGUACUGCUCAUCUUCGUUUAUUUUGUAGUACUGCUCAUCUUCGUUUAUUUUGUAGUACUGCUCAUCUUCGUUUAUUUUGUAGUUCUCUUCAUCUUCGUUUAUUUUGUAGUUCUCUUCAUCUUCGUUUAUUUUGUAGUUAUCUUCGUUUAUUUUGUAGUUCUCUUCAUCUUCGUACCACUGGCGAAAAAAGACGUUAAUUUCUACACUUACCAUAAUAAAUAUUUAGAACCAAAAAAAUAUACAGUUUUAUUUUAUUUUCAUCAGGUAUCACAUCAGCCGUUGGCUCCCUGAGCGGCACACUUCUCAGCUCCUGGCUCACCACUAAAGUCAACAGCAAGUUGGGGCUUCAGUACAUCAUCAUGGGCUCUUACCUGCUGCAGGUGGGCUUCAACCCACUCUUCCUCAUCUUUGGGUGCGAUAACAAGCCGGUGUACGGGGCAACGGGUGAAAUGUAUGUGGUCAGUUAAGUGGUCGGUUCACCCUGGCAUAAUCAAAUCACGACAUUUGACCACAUGUACAAAUAAUCAGCUUCAGUGUACACUAGGCAUAAAAUGAUCAACUUCAACACAAAAUUAUGUUUUAAAAACUUAAGGCUCUACACAUACACUUUUCAUUUCUCGCCAUUAAAUGGAACGCGUAGAAAAUGGGAAGACAACGCUUUUUUUUACAUCCGGACCCUGUUUCGUUUUUUCCCGGCUCCGGGAUUGUGUCGGGCGUGCUAAUACUCGGCAUUUCCGGGCAUCCGGGUCAAUACCCGGCUCGGCCCUUCCGAAAAUCAUCUAUGAAUGUGAACCCAACGUUUGUUUUUGAUACACGAACAAUAGGAAAAUCUCUUUCAAUAUUUGCAAGUAAAAACAACUUGUUUCCCGGAGAAAGUACGGUUCUCAUCAUUGAACAUGUUGUGUCGAAAUUUCAGUGUAUUUCAGUGCGACACCACUUAAAGCAUCAAUAAUCAUACUGACGUUGACCUAUUUUCGUGCAUCUUUCUGUAGCGGUAUCCCCAUGAACAUCAGCGAUGGAUGUGAUUGUACGUUGAGCAAACAGCUGCUGGUCUGCGGUGACGACGGCAACAUCUACCAGUCUCCUUGUUACGCUGGGUGCACGGGAGUGGACGGCAAGGUUGGUUGGUUUGUACGUGAGUGGACGGCAAGGUGGGUUGGUUGGUACGGGAGUGGACCGCAAGGUGGGUUGGUUGGUACGGGAGCGGACCGCAGGGUGGGUUGGUUGGAACGGAAGUGGACGGCAAGGUGGGUUGGUUUGUACGGGAGUGGACGGCAUUAAACAUUUUCUCCACGUGUAUAACAACCUCCUUUGGUUUUUUGAUGAUAUCGCGUUAUUUAGAAGAUAAACCUAAAGCAAUGUAAAGAAUAUAGUUUCCGGAAAUGAGUACUUAGCCUGCGCGAAGGAUUGUUGUUAGAACGGAAGUUUGCUCACGACGAAAAUUUUUCAAAGCUCAUUUUUAAUUUUUGCGAAUGAGAAAUGGGGACAUUAAAACUUUGUAAAAAAAAAAAUUUCGUUGUUUGUAUGUUCCCAUUACGUUUCACCACACUUCCGUUCGUUCCAUUCAAAUGUCUUUCGUUUGUUCAAAUUGGUUUCGUCAGUAAAACAACAGUCAUUUCUAAAAAAAAUAAUAAUAAAAUAAAAUUGAGUAUCACUUGUAGUAAAACAACAUUAUUUUGUAAUAUUGGGUUUCACUAAAAUUGGAACAUUAUUUUGUUUUUUUUUUUAAUUUGUUUCGAACAAUAUCGUUUCGUACACAUGUCCAGUCGCGAGUCACUAUUUGAAAGAGACGGUUAUGAAACUUCAAGUUGUGAAGCCACUAUAGUGUUCGCUCACGACGUUCCCUGUAAAGCUUUCCAAAUCUUAUUUCAGCUCUUCACGGACUGCGCCCACCUGAUGAACACCUCGGCGGGCGGUCGCGUGACGCCAGGCGUCUGCUCAUCGGAGUGUCACGACAACUUCCUGUUGUACGCCGUCCUUCACGGUGUCCAGUACCUGGUGGAAGGAGGCACGAUGAUACCAAGAUGGCUGCUUCUGCUGAGGUACCCACGAUGAGUUUUGCUGUGAGAUUAAUCUUAGGGUUAACGGGUGGCUCACGCGACCUACAAGAUCACACUGGAAGAGAGGGAGUUUCAGCCUUGUUUGGUUGCAUCGUUUAAAAAGCUAUAAAUAUAAUUUAGCUGAUCUUGGUUUUUUUCUUUUUUUUUCUGGCUGGAAAUAACGGGUUUAAUGGAGAAUACUGUGGUCUGGUCACGACGUUAAAUUCCGCAACGCUGUGGGAAAAUUAAUCAACUGAAUGCAAUAUUUAACGGAAGCGGAUCAUGGGUCCUUUAAGACCUUCUCAGAGCAAUGCAUCAGAAAAGCAAUAAAUGCUCUACCACUUGUGUCUAUUACAACGCAACCGGAAAAGUGUGUGUGUGGGGGGGGGGGGUUAUAAUAGUGGCAGGUCGCCCUGACAAGUUCCUGUUUGGUUUCACUUAAUAUAUCAUCAUGCAGGUCGCUUAAAACCUUGAAGUGUAAAAAUAUUAACUUAACAAUUUUCUUCGUCUGACCACAGGAUCGUUGACCCAAGAGAUCGUGGCUUCGCCACCAGCUUCUACAUUUUCUUCUACAACAUAAGUACGUUUCUAAAUAUUCAAAUAUUUUCUUACAAAAACUUCAUAGCCGUUUGCUUUCAUUCGAUAGUUGCUGCAAAAAAAAAAAAUUGAAUUUCAUUUUUAAUAUUUUCAUUUAAUAUCAUAUGUAUCAGCUUAUAUUAACAAAAUAUCUAUAUUUAACAGCUUAUAUAACAUCAUAUUCUUUUAAACAGCUUAUUUAACAUCAUAUCUAUUUAAACAGCUUAUAUUAACGUCAUAUCUAUACUAAACAGCUUAUAUUAACAUCAAAUCUAUAUUAAACAGCUUAUUUGACACCACGUCUAUAUUAAACAGCUUCUAAGCUUGCGUUGAAAAUGUAAUUUUUCUUUUAAAAUCUCAAAAUCGAACCUCGUCUUUUAUCGACAACGUCCUUUCUUCACGUUUCCCUGUCAUCGUCUCUUGCUUUUUUGUACUGUUGUAGUGAGCAUCCCCUCUCCUAACGUGUUCGGCAAAUUGAUUGACAACGCCUGCCUCAUCUGGGAUGGCAAUCUGUGUACCCUCUACGACCGAGACAUCAUCAGGUGAGCAUCACGCACCAGUGCUUCGUGCAGCAUUUAAGCUUAUCUCGAUCGUACAAGCUCAACAUGACCCAUCUUAAACCAACAGAAGGGGAAAAGGUGUUUUGCUUUUAUAAAUUGUGUAAGGUUUUACAUUUAUGAAGUUAUAAAGCAGCGGUUGUUACAUUAAUGUCUCGAGGGUGGAAAGAAGAGGAAAGUGGGGGGGGGGCUUGUGAUGCUUGAAAAGCUGAACAUUCGACUGCUGUAUACAACAUGAUUUGUCAACACAGUGACGGAUUUUAGCAUGUGUUACAAAUUCAUUUUAAAUCUUCAAAAAUAUAUAAAGAAAAUACCUGCACAUUUGUGAAUGAAUACAAACAGGUGCCUUAAUGUUGUUGUAUAUCUGCAAUGGCGGUAAUGUUAUGGCUAGGACAGCGCGCUCUGCUGCCAAUCAAAUGCCAAGAUGGAAAUGUUCAAAGGCUCUCAAAACUUAACAAGGGUGCCUCCGAGAUAUUGCUAUUAUUUUUUUUUAAACAAAUGAUUGAACUCGAUGAGAUAUUCAAAUUGAGUUUUGUACUUGUCAGCAUUGGUGGAAGAGCAAUCACCAACCUACGCUUUGCGGAUGGCAUAGACUGAGUGGCUGGAAGCGAAGAAGAGCUUAUAGCCAACCUAGUUAAGCGUCUCGACAAGACUACGUCGUCAUUUGGCAUGAAAAUCAGUGCAGAAAAGACAAAACUGAUGACGAAUAACACCACCGGCAUCGCCACUGAAAUUAAGGUCGGGGAGAAAAGAUUAGAGACUGUAGGCAGCUUCAAGUACCUAGGAGCAAUAGUCUUGGAAGAAUGCUCCAAGCCCAAAUUGAUGUCCAGGGUUGCCCAGACCACAACAGCACUAAAGAGGCUUGAGAAAAUGUGGAACGACAAAAAUAUAGCGCCCACCACCAAAAUCAGGCUGAUGCGCUCAUUAGUCCUCACCAUUUUCUUGUAUGCCUGAGAGUCCUGAACAUUAACAACAGAAUUUGAAAGAAAAAUAAAAGCGAUUGAGAUGAGAUGCUUCAGAAGCAUUUUAGCAUCUGCUAUAGAGACCAUAACUCCAAUGAACAAGUGAAAGAAAGGAUUCGUCAAGCAAUAAUUUGGGCAGUACGAUGACCCCCUGGUGACAGUAAAAAGCGCAAACUGGAAUGGUAUGGCCACGUGACAAGAAAACAAGGCUCGCCAAAGAAUCAUGCUGGGCACAACGAGAGGAGGGAGAAGAAAAGGAAGACGUAGAAAAAGAUGGGAAGAUAACAUCAAAGAGUGGACGGGACUACAGCUAGGAGAUGCUGUGCGAAGUGCAGAAAACAGAGAGGAAUGGAGUAGAAAAGUUUUGCCCCAACGGUCCAAAAACUAGGGGACAUGAUGAUAAUGAUGAUAAAUUGUUCAAAUAUAUAUAUAAAGUGAUAAAGUUGGCUCAGCAAUUCUGAGUUGUAACCGGUCAAUUAAUGGUCAGAUGAUGACGUUGUAACAGAUCAAUUAAUGUUCAGCUGAUGACGCUUAAAGCAAUCUACUAAAUUCUCGGACUCAAAAUUCCAUGACUGAGUUAUACUUGGGUGACGCUUAUCCAUUUAUUGUCAGUGGUGACUCCCGGAGGAUUAAAUUCAUCUGUAGAAAUGGAAUGGUUCUCAAACAUCACAAAAAGUACGUGAUUGAUGACGAAAAGAACGAUGGGGUCAAUGUGUCCGUGCGAAAGGUCAGGCAGGAAGCUACCGUUUGUCUGGUAAUGGCGUCCGGCCACUGCGAGCUCGGGACUGACCUUUCCACUAGCAAUUAUUUAUAAUGGAAAAUCUGUUGGCUUUGUGCGUGCGUGUGUGUGUUUGUGUGUGUUUACGUAAGUAGGGGCGCUCCGGAUGCUGACCUUUUUUUUUCUACAAGGAAUUCGUGUUAUAAUGGGGCUAGAUAUUUAUAAAUGAGAGAGAGAGGGGGCAGAGAGAGAUGGAGGAGGGGGAGAGAGAAAGAGAGAAAUAGGGGAGGGGGGAGAGGAAGAGAGAGAGAGAGAGAGGGGGGUAGCGGUGAAUUAGACGGGAGGGACAGUUAGAGGUGAGAGAGAGUUAGAAGAGAGAGAGAGAGUUAGAGGGGGGAGGGGAGAGAGAGAGGUGGGAGAGAGAAGUGGGAGAAGUGAGAGAAAGAGACAAAUGAGAGAUAGACAAGGAAAGGGCAAAGCAAAGUGCAGUUACGCUCUCUUAGCAAACGGCCAGGAAAAUUUGAAUGUGGUCCUGUUUAUCUUGAUUUAUUUUUCCUACUAAACGCCUCAUUCAGAUACCUGAUGUCAGGCCUGGACGUCGGAGUCAACGUCCUGUCCAUCUUCACCAACAUCCCUGUUCUGAUCAUCCUCAUUCUGGAGAAGAGGCGGUUACAGCAGAGGGCCAAAGACAAAAGUGAGGAAACCACCGUGGUGCCCGACGCCGAGAGCCGCGCGCAGAAUCACGACCACGACUCGCACGCCGACCCCACCACUGGAUCCGACUCUGACGCUGAUCGCAGUCACCGCAGUGAAUCCAAAGAUGUAGAGAUCUAUCAAUUUUAACCUACGCUAAAGUUAACUUCACUGCUGUUUAAUGAUUCUCUUCAAUGUGGGGGGAUCUUUUUUUUUUCAGCUAUAUUUCUCAAAAGACAGUUCGGAAUGAACGAAUGAUUAAUGACACUCUUAGAAUGACCCACACUUGCGAUGGGAAAAUAAAUCAGCUGGUUUUUAUAAGCUCAUCCUACUCUCAACCCCCCCCCCACCCAAACCCCAUAGUAAAGCAACAAACAAAGUAAAAAAAAUAAAUGAUAAAUCUUAGACACAGCUUCGGUCAUAAAGUUCAAACUAAAACCUAUCAAAAGACAGUUCGGAAUGAACGAAUGAUUAAUGACACUCUUAGAAUGACCCCCACUUGCGAUGGGAAAAUAAAUCAGCUGGUUUUUAUAAGCUCAUCCUACUCUCAACCCCCCCCCCACCCAAACCCCAUAAUAAAGCAACAAACAAAGUAAAAAAAAUAAAUGAUAAAUCUUAGACACAGCUUCGGUCAUAAAGUUCAAACUAAAACCUUGACACAGUUUGCGCUUUAUAAAUAACUGUCUUUUUAGAAAACGGGUGCAGUCGUAAAGCAAAACUGUUGAAUACACAUAGCAGCAGAUGUCUUAAUCCAUCCCAUUCCCUGGUGCGCUACGGCCCAUGUAGGGCUUUUGAUACUUCACCACUUCCUUCCACUCAGACCUAGCUGAUGCUUUUCUUUUCCCAUGCUUGGCUUCCCAGAUGCUGUAGAUCUUUUUCCACAUCCUCCAUCCAUCCAUCUAAGCCUGGGUCUGCCUUUGAGCCGUUUUCCUCUCGGGUUUUGGUGGUUCACCCUCUUCACCUUCUCUUAUUUCUGCUACAAGCGUUGGUUCCUGAUAUAGAUAGACUAUACACAUCCUGGUUGGUUCGUAUUCUCCAUCCAUAUUCAUUCAUUGUUGGCCCACGUAUUUUCCGGAGAACUGUUCUCUGUCAUUUCUUUAAUGGGCUUUCUGCUAUUAUUCUGAUAGGGUCCAAGUUUCCCUUGCGUAUGUUACAGCUGGUCUGAUUACAAUUUAAUAGGAUAUAUAAAAUUUAUGCUUGCUCAAUACACGCCCGGGAUAAUAUGGGCAUUACAAGUACGGUGUCCUUAUCCACUAGAGAUUUUUUUUUCGUACGCUUACUUUUCAGCAAACUGAAAAAUAUUUUUUUUUUAAAAACGUAACUAUGAAGUUACAACACAUAGUAUACAUUGGUGUUAUUUAUUAAUACUUGCGUUGUAGUUGCUCAAACUGUUGACAACAAAUGUCAGGUUUACUUUUACUCUUAGAUCACACAAAAAAUGGUUAGACCACAUGAGAUGUUAGUCUUCUAUGACGCCAUACAUUCGUGUUCUGCUUCUAGGCGGUUCAUAUGUUGUCAGACUCUA